AUAAAAUUAAAUUAAAAAAAAACGCGAAUUUGAAAAGUUUAAAAAUUAAUAAGUACAUCGUUUAUAAAUAUUAUUUUUUAAAUUAUGUACUCUAUUUAUUUAUAAUUUUAUAUUUUUCUCAUGUCUGCUACUUCACACUCGUGCCACUAGCUGAUUAUUAUCAAGUUCUCCCAGAAAGUCACCCCCGGUUUUUACUUCCAUUCCUAAAAAACGAGUCUAUUCUCAAUGCAAACCGAAAACGCCUGACGCCAUUUUGAUUUCUUAACAAACAAAAAGGUUGUUAGUAAAACAAUAAGUGUAUUAAUUAUUGAAAGAGUAAAAGACACAAUAUCAUUCAACUAGAUCAACAAUAGAUAUAUACUUCAAAAAAAUAAAAAAAAAAUAAGUGAAUGAUUAUUUCCCAGCGUAAUUAAUUUUUUUGGACAGAAUAAAAUCCGAAAGGACCACAACAAAAUGGAAACGAGUCAUACAUUAGUUAAAAGGAAUACUAUCACACACGAAUGGAAAAUUCAAGAAAUAAGUUCAUUCAUUGAAGCUUCCAAUACAGCUGAAAAAACCAUUGUACUUCAAUCCUCUAAGUUCUCGACAAGAGCUAAAAUACAAGAUUUUUGGAAUCUGCAGGUAGAGUUAUAUGAUACAAAGUCAAGAAAUAAAGAUGAAGUUGGCCUAUUCUUAAUGUCUUUGAAUGGUAACCGCCAAGUGAAAACGGAAUAUUCAUGGUGUAUUUUAAAUAAUGAGAAAAAACAAGUGAACAACAGAACACUAGUUAAAACUUUCGAAGCUGAUAAGGGCUGGGACUGGCUUCCAUUUAUAAAGAAACAAGAAUUAUUAAACAAAAAAGAUGAAUUGUUGCCGUAUAAUAUCUUAACAAUAGGUAUCGAGCUUACGGUCUUUGAUGAUCCUGUUGUGAUUUCUAACAAUGUACCCUUGAAUGAAUCAAAGUUUUUUAUGGCUCAUGACUACCAAGAGUUAUAUGAGAGUAAACUGGGUUCCGAUGUUGAGUUGAUUGUACAAGAACAAAAAAUUCAGGCUCACAAAUUGAUUUUGAUGGUACGCAGUCCUGUGUUCCGAGCGAUGCUGACCACCGAUAUGAGGGAAAACAGGGAAAAAACGAUCACUAUAAAAGACAUGGACUCUGAAGUAUUCAAGAGCAUGCUAGAAUUUAUUUACACUGAUAAAGUCAACGAUUUAGAUGAUGUUGCAGAACAAUUGCUUGAAGCUGCAGAUAAAUAUCAAAUUCACACGCUCAAAGAAUUAUGUGCAGAAUCACUUUGUAAGUCUGUGACCAUCGAUAAUGCCUCCAGAUUACUCGUUUUAGCUUAUCUGCAUAAUGCAAAAGAAAUGCUAGAGUUUAUUCUAAACUUUAUCGUAAUUAAUGCAAGCCAUGUGACAACAACAGAAGAGUACAAGUUGAUGACAGAAUUGCAUCCGUCCUUGGGAUCUGUUUUAUUCGCUAAAUUUUCCGCUUUUUUUGAAAAGAAAUAAUUUAUAACUUUUUUAAAUUUUUAUUUAAAAAUUCUCGCAUGAAGAAGGAAAGUUUAUGUUGUAGGAAAAAUACAGUGAAGUUUAUGAAGAUUUGAAGUUAAUGAUAUCAUAUAUUCUAUCCUUAUUAAUAAUUGUUCACAUAUUUUAUAAAACUGCGUCAUACAUGUUAAAACAAUGUUAAUGAAUAAUUACUUAAAUUCAAAUAUCUUACACUUGAUUCGAGUUACAAAGUUACUCGAAAUAAAAAAAUUUAUUCAUUUAUAUCUUUUAUAAUUACUUAGUAAAUAAAGUCGUAACUUAAGUUACAACUUCUCACCUAAUUAUUAGUUUUU